AUGCAAAUGGAACCAUGGCGGAAACGAGGGUUUGUCCCAGAUUCAGACGAGGACGAUGGCUUCGAUUCUCUCGACUCCGGCAACAGGGCGGUGGAGCAAGAUACAGAGGAGGGGGUUGAUCUCGAGUAUAUUUCGCUCCCCGUGACGAAUUCGGAUCUUGCGCAAGAUCCAGCAACUCAGGCUUCGGAAGCCAGGGAUGCCAGCGCCUUCUCCGAAGAUCGAAACGCGGCUGCUGAAGACGCAGGGUCCCAAGAGCUAGUGGAACCACCUUUGUCAUCACCUACAAAGAGCAAUGCGAGAAAAGGUUGCGCUGCCAGAUCUACGAAUGAAUCCAAGGAUGUUUCCUCGACAGAAGCGCUCCCAAAUUCAAAGCGAGUGACACGGACUUAUGCAAAACGACGAUCAGCAACGGAACCUCAUCUGGACAUCGAUCAUGAGUCUCAGGAUAUUCUUCCAGGCCUUGAUCAUCACAUAUGGGACAUCCCUAGCUCGCCACCCGCGCAAAGCUUGUUAGAUCAGAAGGCUAGAGGACGAGCAACAUUUAAGAAUCCUGCCACGUCCGUUCGGCAUCCGAAGCAUGAAAGCAUUACCGUCGUACCGCCUGUGUCUGUCGACAGUGAGACUUUGAAUGACAGUGGGAGAUCGCGUAGCUCGUCUCCAGACGAGCUAGCCUUCGUUUUAGCUGCCCCGAGAAAAGUGGCAACUGAAAGGGUCACUGAACCUGAGGAUACAAAACCGCGAGAGGCAUCUGACGACGACUCCCCUCUAUCCUCACCUCCUUCGUCACUUGAAUCACCACCGCCUGAACUGGAGAAGUCUACAGAGACAUCCAUGGCCUCCGCAGUUCAGCCUCCGGAUGUCGAUCGAAUCGGUCCAUUUCCGGAGGACUCCCAUCACAAUUCAACUGGCAUGUUUCCACCUGUGCGGAGAUCUUUUCGGGAGCGUAACGCUAUUCAGUUACACCCGUACGCAUUGGAAAUGGCCAAGUAUCAAAGACUCAUGCAGGAGCGAGGAAUCAAACCUGUUCGAGUAGCUACGGCAACCGAAAAGAAUCCACGCCACGAUCCAACCGACGAAAGCCAGGAGCAGGAUGACUACGAUCCAGCUGCAAUUCGCUCUAGUCCUACCCCAGAAGAGUUUAUCCAUCCGAACAGAUCCUCGCGGCGGGAAGAAAAUGGACAGCCCCCACAGCAACGGCGAGCUCACGAUAAUAGAACGUCUUCAAUUGAAAGAACGAGCUCCCAAAAACGGAGGAAGAGAUUCCACUCGAACAACAGCAACGAUAACGAUCAAUCAAACAAAACCCCCGUCAGGCCACAGGUUGUCGUCAAUGUGGAUAGCACACCUAACAGCCGAAUUCCUCAGCCACGUUUUGUUAACAGUCCUCCAUAUUCAGGGGGCUUACCGUCGUCUAUCAGGACUCGGAAAAGCCCUGGGAACUUUCGAUUACCAUCAGAGCUCAUGUCUCCUCCGACUACGACAUUGAGCGUGGAGUCGGAUUUAGGCGGAAACUCAGUCACAAAGCCUCGUGAAGACCAACACGAUGCAACACGAGCAUGGCAGACAGUGUCAUUAUUCGAUAAAGACCAUAUUUUCGAUUCGGAUGAAAGUGAAGAGUCCGGCUCGGAUCACGAGGAGACAGCUGAAAACCGACUAAUCCGCGAUUUGCAAAAAAAGACUCGCGGUGUCCUUCCGGCCUCUUGGGUUCGGCUGAAUGCUGAGCAGUCCAGUAGUCGCAAAACAUCGCAGGGUAACCGCCAGGCUCUCUCUAUGACCCGGACAGAAGGGAAAGGUGUAGCCAAAAAAAUCACUCGCAAUCCACAUGUGUUUCAAAAAGCCAACCCACAAUCGACACGUGCGCUGUUUGAUUUUGCAGAAUUCGAUGACACGGAUGAAGAGGAUGACGAUCAAGGCACAAGCACAACUGUCGUUGAGAAUAAUGAUGCCCGAGACCUUUCAAGGUUUAGCCUGGAGCUCAGCGAUAAUUUCUUUAGAGACGAAGACGCUAUGGAGGACAAUCGCAUUGACUAUAUGAUGGCACCCGUCUCACGCAAAAAGCCGGACUCGCGAGUGGCUCGAGGUCUGAAGCGUGUCAAAUCAAAAGAAAGUGCUGGUCACACGGAGCGUCGCUUGAAAAAGGCACGUCUCCAAAGACAGACGAGGCUCACUGAUUCUUCUUAUGGUGGACGCCCAACAAAGAGUUCAUCAACACGAGCUUCAACAAGACGAAGUAUCUUAGAUGUGCCUGAUAUCGUUAAUCGCCCUCGAAAAGAGCAGCCUCAAUUCUUGAGGAUCGCCGCGAGACGGGCUCGAUCGCGCAAAGAUCAGGGACGCCAAAGCCCAACCCGAAAGUUCGUGCAGCUGAGCUCGAGACAAGACACUUUAGACGCCAAUCAGACUUUACGCGAUUGGAAAAGGGGGACGAUACCGCGCAGCAAAAGCAGAAAGGCUGCUUCUAUCUCUCGCAAACGCCAGGUGCCUACAGUUAUCCAGCCUGGCGUACGCAACAUUGCGGCUGCUACCCAGACCUCCCGCAUCACAAAACAUUUUGAAAUCGACAGGGCUGAGAGUUUCUCAACCGACGACAGAUCACCCGCACCAAACACAGCCUCAGUCCACGGGCCUUCAAUUCCUAUUGAAUCUGCGCCUUCUAUUCCUGAACCUUCAAAUCACACUCCUGCCGCGCAACUGAAUCGGGCUGGUAAUCAGUGGAUUGUUCAGAGACGCAUGCCGAUCAUUUCAUUGAGACGCAAUGAUCCUCGACCUGCUCCAACAAGCCUCGCAGCGCCGACUGAGACAGCAUCAGCCUCAAAAGACAUAUUCAGCCGCUCUCUUACCUUACUCAAUCGCAAGUUUCGAAGGGAAAAGGCCUCUCGGCCCUUCAAGUCUAGCCUGACACUCGAUCGCUACAUAACCGACGAAAGCAGUCCUGCUUCUCGUAACAUCGAUCAGCGGCCACUCAGUUCUGAAAUGAGCCCAGUGAGGUUGAAGGCUGCUACGACUCGCCGACGUGCGAAGAAGCAAAAUCCAACCCGUCUUAACAUUGACUCGGAGGAAUACUUGCAGAAAGAAGACAUCAUCACGACAAUCACCGAUGAUAACGACUCGGAUUUACCAACGAUUACCCAUAUGGCCCCCGCCCGAAAUACUUCCUUCAAUUCAGGAGGAGUUUUCAAUUGGCAAAGCCAUUAUCCCAUCGAUUUUGGAGUGCUACCUUUACGAGAUGGAACGUUCUUCCAUGAGUCUACCUUCAUCGGCAGUGGAGAAGUAGUCCGCUCCUUGAACGUUACAAGCGGGACUUGGACAGAGCAGCCGGCUUUUGCGUGUGGAUUGGUUUUUGCAAAGAUUCUGGAAAGUGUCCAGAGGAGCGCUUUGUCGAUGGCCCCGGAACACAGAGGACCAGGACUGCUGACAGCGGUAUACACUUACCGAUCAAUGAUCAAUUAUGUGACCGAAAAUUUAUCCUUCAUCGACCCAGUUGAUCGCAUCAGCUUCAUAUCGCGAACGAUUGCGCUAGUCUCUUCGUUGCAAAAUUCAAUAUCUGCAUCUUUGGCUAGCCAGAGCCACGCUAAGACCGACCUUACGAGGAUCGCGUGCUACAAUGCGGUCUUGACUAAUCAGCUUCGUCAAAUCGCGAUCCAUGACUUGGUUGACAGAAGCAUGGCCGACAAUGUUCUGGUCCUUCUCAAGGCGUGUGCCACAGACACUUUAACGCUAAACAUGUCUGAUGCUGGACUCGCAGACAUCCGACGCUUCUGGGAGGAGCACAACAACCCUGCGCAGAGAGAGGCAGGUAUACGCGAGCAUUAUCCUGCCGUGGAAGCAUACAUCAUCUUCAAGCUACUCUUCCGCAGCUCGAGUGCGCUCGAGAGAGUGCUUAACGAGCUUCUAAACGAGACACUAUCGAAGAAUGUCAUUUGCAAUGAUAGAAAUAUUGCAAACCUCGAAAGUGGAUGGCGCCACGUCUUUUCGCUGCUCCCAUUGAAUGACAUUGACGAUCAUGGUAUUGUUCGCCGUAAGAAUCGCUUCCAGCAUGUGCAUGACAACUGGAAGCUCGUCAAACGGCUUGUGUCGCCAGUUCUGACAAGCUAUGAGACAUGCUCUACAACUCAACCCAUCUCGUUCAAUGUGUACUGUCGAGCACUUUUCCAACGAUGCCAUCGCUUGAUCAAUUACUGGGCUUGGAGAGAAUGCAGGCUGGUCUUGGAUACUUUGUAUGACUUCUUCGCCCAAAACAAGCUUUACAAUUUGAAGCUAGAGGAAAGUCGCGGGUCUCCAUCCUUUCUUGAUCAACUCGACCAAAACCCCUCCUUGGAUCUGCAACCGGGGGAGCCUUGUUUUCAUACACUCCUCAAGAUCAUCGCAAGCGGCCUUCAGUACUUAUCCGAACGGUACGACAAGAAGAAGAUCCGCAAUUUCGCAUGGCGGCUUUUACCGAAUCAUGGCCGUGUGUUCCCGAAAGAAAAGCAGUUGUUACAUGAAGAUCUCGACGCCUUAAGAAAUCAUCACGAUCUCCUCUGCACCCUGUACUGGGUAAUUCCUGCCGGGUUGCGUUUCAGAAUUGAGAUUAUUAAAGACAUCGUUCACCCAGCCAGCUCGCACAAUGAGACAUGUGCCAUCAAUUUGCGAGCGUGGACGAGACUUGUUCGCUUCAAGCUUUCGACUGAUGAAGAUACGACGGAGCUAGAACCAUUCGCAAACUGGCAUGCUUUCUUCCUCAGUGAACUCCGACAGCAACACGCUUUGGCGAGAAAAGAGGGCGAGUCUCUGGCAAAGACCAGCGAACAAGUCUCACGCCAACUUGUUGAGGCUAACAUCGCUGAUAAUCAGAGGCCGAUUGAAAAUCUGUUAUCUGUUGCGCUGCAUGGCAUGCAAAGCGCUUUGGAGCGAGCUCCGUCACUCGAGCACGCCUUCAAAUUGAUUGCAAAGACGCCUUUCGACUCUCUUUUGGGUCUUUUCAAUCCGAGGCAGCCCCGAGUUAACGCUGUCGUAUCUGAUGCCCUCAAGGUAAUCGUUGCCUAUUUACAAAAAGCCGUUGUCACCGAUGCUGCCGCUCAGGCACCCAAAGCGGCCCCGGUGGCUGCUGCGCAUACGGAGGACGACAGUCAAGAGUUCGAUGACGUUGAUUGGGACGAGAGUCUUGAUAAUGCAAUUGCACAGCCAACCCUGCUAAGCGAAGGAAUCGAUCAUGUUCAAAACGUUCUCUAUCCUGUGGUCUUUCGACUUCUUUCAAACUGCUUCGGAGAAGAUCAUUGCCCUGAAGACAAAAUUCUGCUGGACGUGGUAGAUUGCUGGACGUCGAUCGCGCAAACCAUGGUCUCUCACCAGCUCAGGCAGUGGGACAACUACCUGGACCCUGUCAGCGUCGAAUCAUGGGCAAGUCUUCGGGGGACGGUGCAGACCAGAAAAUUCACUCCAUGUUUUCUGGCCAGGUGUAUCGAGAAAGACCACCGUGUUCUCAACGAUAGCCGGAUACUCGUCACGGGGGUGUGGAUCGCCUGUCUAGUUGAGCGUACUUCGAUGUUGAAGUUCCAAAACCAUCUCACCGAGGCGAUGCUGAAUUGCCAUCUUGGUGACCCGUUGCUGCAAAAUCUCCCAUUCGCCAUGGACAAGAAGAGCGGCCGUUACAUGAUCAGUCUCGAAGACUUGAUUCAGCGGCGCGUCUCCCUCCUGUCGAGCGUCUUGUUGAACAUGCGUGAGGAUGUUCUAAAACUUGAGGCGCUUGGCAGCUCGGAUUUGAAUGUUACCAAGCAAGAUUACUCCGAGAUACUGAAGAGACUGAUGGCCGCAAUGCGAAGCAACUACCAAGAGCUUGGCAAUGGUCCGGAUGGAAAUGCACACGGGGCCUAUGUGGAUUUUGUGCAUCGAAUCAUCAGGUUUUUGCAAGAGCUCACUAGCGACAUUCGUCCUGUUGACCCGUUCUUCACCGAUCCGGCUGUGUUCCCCUUGCCAACCUCAGAUCCACGCUAUGUUGUUGCAAAAUUGAAGCGCUACGAGCCAAGAUUGUCUUCCAGCAAGGAACUCCAGACUUUGGCAAUUUUCAUCCAGAGCAUCGUCGAGCGAGCGACUAUGGACGGGCAGCAUGACCAUCUCAUCAGCCAACUACAUUCAGCCAUGAAAGAGAGUUAUGAGUCGGGCAUGAUUCAAAAACCAACCCUACGGGCCGUCCUCCUGCAGUGCGUGUUUCCGGCCUACAUUGAACCGACGUUCAACAAUACGACUGCGUGGUUGCUCAGUUUGCCUCUACUCAAGAGCGUCUCACUCGUCUUCAAUGACCUGCUGUUCAGUGUGGACACAAUGGACCCGAUGUGUGUCGCAUCCGUAUUGAACAUCCUCACUACUGUGUUCCACUCCGUUACCCAAGCCCUCCGCCCUCUCUCAAACCGACCAAGAAAACUUCAGGAUCCCACAACCAUGGUCAUGCUAACUGUCCUUGUUGACAUGAUAUCUUCCUCACUCGUGAUAAUCGACUUCAUCGACCGUGCAACAGAGGCAGCAGAGAACGUGCUACCAUAUAUUGAGUGGUUCCGGGGAUUCUUCGUCACCGUCUCUUCCCUGCAGGCCGUGCCGGGUCUGGAUGCUGCUAUCAGCGAUUCAUGUUUCACGCCAAUCGAGCCACCUUCAAGCUCUCCCGCAGACCAUCUCUCCCCACAGCUGGCGAUUGCCAGACGUUUUGCAUUUGAAGAUCAUCGCUCGUGUUUGAGGAACUGGUCCUUUCAUGAGGGUAAAUAUUAUUAUACGCGACCCGGUCAUGACUCGAAACUCGUCACUUUGGAGCCCGCGCUCGUCGCAUUGCUGGAAGAUCCGGACGCGGCGCGACUUGAUCUGCAGGAUGCAGUGUCCGACUUUGUGGACCGUGUUGGGAAAUUCAACUUCUUUUCCGAGUGA